AUGUUUUAUUCGGAGACUCUCCUGUCGAAGACAGGCCCGCUGGCUCGCGUCUGGCUGUCCGCCAAUCUGGAGCGGAAACUGUCCAAGUCUCACAUCUUGCAGUCGGAUAUUGAGAGCAGUGUUAGCGCGAUCGUGGAUCAGGGCCAGGCACCGAUGGCCUUACGGCUGAGUGGUCAACUUUUGCUGGGUGUGGUCCGUAUCUAUAGCCGCAAGGCUCGCUAUCUGUUAGAUGACUGCAAUGAAGCUUUAAUGAAGAUCAAGAUGGCUUUCCGGUUGACAAACAACAAUGAUCUGGCGUCCACUGUUGUGGCCCCGGGUGGCAUCACGCUGCCGGACGUAUUGACGGAAUCGGACCUUUUUAUGAACCUGGAUGCUGCUCUUCUCUUACCCCAAACGCUUAAUCUGGAGUCAGACGGCAAGCGUCCUGGAUCCUCUAUGGACUUUGGAAGCCAGCUGCUCCCUGAUAGCAGCUUCCGCCGUUCUGUCUCCCAAGAACCUGCCCGCUUGGAAGACCACACUCUUGUCGACCUGGACUUGGGCGAGGACGAAACCCCUCUGGGCCAUGACUUCAGCAUGGAAGUUGGUCGAGAUGCCCCUGCUCCUCGCCCUGUGGAGGAAGAUCUAUUCAGUGAUAGCGGAAAAUUCAACGACGUUGACUUGCCUUUGGAUCUUGGAGAUGAUGAUGCCCCGUUGGACAAGAUGGACCUCGGUGGAGAUGGCCUUCACGACAACUUGGACAACUUUCUGCAGAAUGAAGAUGGAAUGGAUCUCGGUCCCGACGGCGAACUGGAUGUGCACACUUCUGGCGCCCGAGGGCCCGAACGUGAACGUGACUCGCUCUCACCCCUGUCUGACCAUGGCGAAGAAGUCAACCAAUACGAUGACACUAUCUUCCAGGAAGAAGAGGCCGAGCAAGCUGGAGAUGACGAAGAGGUGGCCGCUGCUCAACACGACCAACGUGCCAAGCGCCGCAAGCUUAUCGAAGCCGACACGGACAUUAUGCUCAAGACCCACCAGAUCCGCGAACAGCAGGCGGACAGGUCUGAAAUUUUGGUUCCGGUGUCUUUCCUCCCUCGUGACCCGGUCUUGCUUACUCUGAUGAACCAACAGAAGAACGGAGACUUUGUUUCCAGCGUGCUGGGCGAAGGCCGAGGACGUGGCUGGGCUCCCGAACUUCGUGCGCUCCUCUCGUUUGACUCGGUGAAGAAGGCCGGUGAACUGAAGAGAAAGCGUGAUAGUGGCAUUGCGGAUAUGGAUGUGGAGGAAGCUCUGGUACCUCGUCUUGAGCUUGGUGAAGAAGGAGAAGAAGAAGGCUUGGUCCCGACAGACGAAGGCGUUUAUGUCGACACGACUAUCAACCAACCGGACGAGAUCGAGUUCCCCGGCGACGAAGGAGAUCAAAUCCUGCACGGCAGCGACGACGAAGGGAUGCCCCAGGCUGCGGAGGACUACGAUGAGACGACGAUCGUGCAUGCGGCCGACAGUGGGCCUGUCUCGAUUGGCACCAAGCACGCGGUGCACAUACUGCGUGAGCGGCUCGGAGACGAGCAGAACACCAAGACGAGUGUCCUGUUCCAGGACCUUCUCCCCGAGAAGCGAUCGACCAAGGCCGACGCGACCAAGAUGUUCUUCGAAGUUCUCGUCCUUGCGACCAAGGAUGCAGUCAAGGUUGAGCAGAAGCCCAAGACGAUCGGCGGCCCGCUGGCGAUCCGGGGCAAGCCGGCUCUUUGGGGUUCUUGGGCGGAGGAGGUGUCGAGCCAGCCCGCCGCGCCGACAGCCUAA